AUGAAGCUGAUGGCCCUGCAGCUGCUGCUCUGGUACAGUGCACUUUGGGCUGUGCAAGAAGCCACUCCCCUGCGCCCUGCCAGCAACCUGCCCCAGAGCUUCCUGCUCAAGUGCUUGGAGCAAGUGAGGAAGGUCCAGGCUGAUGUUGUGGUCGUGCAGGAGAGGCUGUGUGACACCCACAAGCUGUGCCACCCUGAGGAGCUGGUGCUGCUCAGGCACUUCCUGGGCAUCCCCCAGGCUCCCCUGAGCAGCUGCUCCAGCCAGGCCCUGCAGCUGACGGGCUGCCUGAAACAGCUCCACGAUGGCUUCUCCCUCUACCAGGGCCUCCUGCAGGCCCUGGCGGGAAUCUCCCCAGAGGUGGCACCCACCUUGGACACGCUGCAGCUGGACAUCACGGACUUUGCCACCAACAUCCGGCAGCAGAUGGAAGACCUGAGGAUGGCCCCUGCCUUGCAGGCCACCCCGGGCCCCGCACCCGUCUUCACCUCGGCCUUCCAGCGCCGGGCGGGAGGGGUCCUCGUGGCCGCCAACCUGCAGAGCUUCCUGGAGGCGGCCUACCGCGUCCUGCGCCACCUUGCCGAGUCCUGA